GUCACAGUUGUCAAUUAUAAAACAAGCAGCAGCAAUAUAAUCCUAUGUAAAUUGCAAAGCUAUUUCAGAAUACUUGAAUUUAAACUAUAUUAUUACAAUAAAAAUAAACUUUGAGUGUACAAAUAAGAAUCAGUUAAAGUAAAUAAGUAAAAAUGGGGCGUCGGUCAAUAAAUACCACUAAAAGUGGUAAAUAUAUGAAUCCUACUGAUCAAGCACGAAAAGAAGCCAGAAAGAAAGAGUUAAAGAAAAAUAAGAAGCAAAGACAAUUGGUUAGGGCUGCCGUGCUUAAAAUGAAAGAUCCAACACAAAUUCUUGAAGAGUUGCAGAAAAUUGAUGAAAUGGAGUACAAUGUGCUGCAGCCUUCACCACUAAAUGAAAAAGUUUUAAAAGAGAAAAGAAAAAAAUUAAAAGAAACAUUUGAUAGAGUUCUCAAGAUGUAUGACAAAGAUGAUCCGGAAAAAUGGGUUGAACUUAAAAGACAGGAGAUGGAGUACGAAAAGAGACGUGCGCAUUUAAUAUCAUAUUAUGAAUCUGUGAAACACGCUCAGUCUGUGCAAGUGGAUGAUAUUCCGUUGCCUACACUACAGGUUCCUGAUAAUUUAAUAUAUGGUAAUGUACCAUCGCAAAUCCCUUUGCCAAUGGAUGCUGUUCACACAACACUGCCAAAGCCUAUUUUGAAGAAGGAUUCUGUUUACAGAGAAAGGCCAGUAGGCAUUGAACCACCAGGAGUGCCCCCAGGUCCCCCGCCUAACUACUCAAUCUUAAUAUUCGAAGCAACAAGACAUGAAUCGCACAGGGAAAGGAAGAGUUUACGCUUCUCUGAUUUCCCCGAUGAAGGACCACCUGGAGAGACUCUCACGGGUAUCACUUUAGAUGCUAAAAUGGCUAUGCAUAGCAAACAUGCGCACGAGGACUUUGAUGGCGAGGCGUUAGACGACGAUCACCGUUCGUCUCCGCCCGCGUCUGCGCACGCGCACAAACCCACCUCAUUGCAGCAAAGGAUGCUGGCACUCUCCGGACAGAAUAUAGAUGACUUCAUGAAAGAGAUGGAGGAAGUCCAUAAGAAGAGAGAAAGGGAUAGAGCUGCAGAUUUGAAUGCGAGAUUGAACGCGUUGAAGCGCACCGGCGGGGGCAGGGACAGUGACUCUGACAGUGACACUGACAACCACCACCACAUGAUGCAUCACACCGACUUCGCGCUGGAGCCGCCCGGAGCUGAGAUACGACAGAUACCGCCGCCACUCUUACCACCUGGUUUACGACCGCCGAUCCGAAUGACGAGUGCCCCGCCGGGGUUGCCUCCAGGCGCGACGGUACUGGGUCUGGCGGGGGCACCGCCGGGCCCCCCACCUGGUCUGCCCCCGCGCGGGGCGCUGCGCCCCCCCGGCCCUCCGCCUGGCGCUCCGCCCCGCCUCCUGCGCCCGCUGGUGCCGCCCCCGCCCCAAGUCUCCGUGCUCACUGCAGCCCCACAACUCAUACAGAAGAAAGAUGCACCACAAGGUGCGACAAUAAGCGCGAAGCCUCAGAUCCGCAAUCUAUCAGCGGACGUGACUCGUUUCGUGCCCUCCGCGUUGCGAGUCAAACGUGAAGACAAGAAGAGUCGCCCUAACGCCAAAACGGGGGCCCUCCAGCGCCAGCUCGACGUGCCCAAGGCCCCCAGCAAGGAUGACGCCUAUAUGCAGUUCAUGAAGGAAAUGGAGGGCCUUUUAUAGUACUUUAUUAUGUUUUAAUAAAUUUUCGAAUAAGUC